UAUUAUGAACCACUUGAUUCCCUGCUUACAAAUAUAUACGUCUUUAUAUUGAACAGAUAUUAAAGUUCUGAAAUUAUUCUUUAAUUCAGUGUUUAGGUCUGGAAGUUGACCAUCAGCUUCAGAAUUGUUUUUGUUUCUGGUGAAAAAAAGAAGGAGGCUGAAAUGAUUGGAAGUCAUAGCAGUGGUGCUGUGUUUACAUUGUUCACAGUGUUCAGGACUCUGCUGCUCCCCCUGCUGGUCGUAAGUACACCUGGUUCUCAGUCUCUGAUUCAGACAGACUGCUCUGAUGUCUAUGAUAAUGGACAAAAGCUCAGCGGCGUGUACACAAUCUACCCCACAGCAGACACACCUGUACAGGUGUACUGUGACAUGGGAUGUUUUGGAAGCCAAACAGAGGACGGGAAUUGGACGGUGUUUCAGAAGAGAAUGGAUGGCUCUGUGAAUUUUUACAGACCAUGGGAACACUACAAGAAAGGGUUUGGGAACAAGAAUGGAGAAUACUGGCUGGGAUUAGAGAAUCUCUACCAACUCACACAGAACAGAAAGUAUGAGUUGAGGGUGGACCUGCAGGACUUUGAUGGAGUUUCAGUUUACGCUCACUAUUCGUAUUUCUCUGUGGAAUCUGAGGCUGACGGCUACAAGCUCCACAUUAGCGGCUUUACCAACGGAGGUGCAGGUGAUUCUCUGGAGUUAAGCAAUGGGCAGAAGUUCUCUACCUUUGAUAAAGACCAGGACUCCAAUAAUGCAGGAAACUGUGCUAAAACUUACCUUGUGGCUUUUUGGUACAACAAUUGCCAUCAUGCGAACCCUAAUGGGGUUUAUCUCUGGGGCAUAGAUGGGACUCUUUUUGCCAUUGGAAAUGUUUGGUACCAUUGGAAAGGCUACAAUUAUGGACUCAAGUCCAUCAACAUGAAGAUCAGACCUGUGUCUUAGACUCUCAGUAACACAUUACAGUGUUGAUAGAAUGCUGUCUUGUAUUCCUUCUUGUCGUCUGUUUUGUCAUCUGUCUUUUUCAGUCAUCAGCAGGGGUAAAAUUGGAGGGAAUUACAUCUAGUUUAAAUCCUGUGCCAAAUUAAAUAAGCAGACUACAUGCUGUGGCAACCCCAAUGCAGCCACAAGCACAACAACUGAAAGUGGAAAGAACAUUAGAUACAGAUGACAAGAUUUGCACAAAUCCAGCACAACAUUUCGUAAGGUCAUGGACCGACAGAGUGGGAUUUCCUUCAGGAAUUUCCAUUCUGUUACACAAACGUUGCAUAAUUAAGAGAGUUGGAGAGUUUAGAAGAGUUUAUAAGUGCGGAGCUGAGAAUAUGUGAAAAUAAGAGGAGAGAAGUGCAUGAGGUGUCUCGAGUCAAAUCUACAAUCUCUGCUUUAGAAUCCAGGCAUCGACUUCUUGGAAAUGUUACAGGCGUCUAAAAUGGUUGUGUUCACAGUGUUCAGGACUCUUCUGCUCCCCCUGCUGGUCGUUAGUACACCUAUUCCUCAGUCUCUGGUUCCGACAGACUGCUCUGAUGUCUACAAUAAUGGACAAACACUCAGUGGCGUGUACACAAUCUACCCCACAGCAGACACACCUGUACAGGUGUACUGUGACAUGGGAUGUUUUGGAAGCCAAACAGAGGACGGGAAUUGGACGGUGUUUCAGAAGAGAAUGGAUGGCUCUGUGAAUUUUUACAGACCAUGGGAACACUACAAGAAAGGGUUUGGGAACAAGAAUGGAGAAUACUGGCUGGGAUUAGAAAGUCUCUACCAACUCACACAUAAGAGGAAAUA